CAGAGACGAGACUCACUCUUCCGGAAGUCAGAGUACGGUUCUUCAGCUCGACGCUAAAGCUAAAGUCUCUUCUUGAUCAAAAAUGUCUAAACAAGGCCAAAGACUGAGAGCUCUGGUGAAUGAGCGGCUGAGUGCGGCUGCAGAAGAGAUCUUUGCGCUGUUUGAGAGAACAAUAGCGGAAUAUGAGGAGGAACUGCGCCGCUCCAAAGAGGAAAACCAGAGGAAACAAAAGACCCUGGACUCGGUUCUUAGCCCGAGGGUGCUGCUGCCCAAAGCGGCUCCGCACACUCCCUCUCCUGACCCCGGACUCACGCAUGACAGCACAUGGAGUCCACAGGUUAAACACGAGCCAGAGGAACAGUGUCUCAUCAAACUGGAGGAAGAGCAGCAGCUGGUGUCUAUCCAUGAGUUCUCUGAUGUCCAUGUGAAGGUAGAAGAGCCCUCAGUGCUUGUAAAAAGUGAGUCUAAACAGGAAACGAAGGAAGAGGACAUGAGCACAGAGCCACAUUUAGACUCAGAGUCUGAGGAAGAUACAGAGCACUCCUCUGACACUGACACCGGUGAAGACUGGAGAGCUCCACUCAGACAUCCAGCUGAUGAAAACGACAUCAUACAAAUCAAGAUCAGAUCCCCCAAAUCCAUGUCUGCACCAGAGCUCAGCUCCAGUCUGAACGAUGAAGGCGUAUCAGGAACAGCUGAGGGAGCAGAGGAGAAGAAACACCAGUGCUCUGUGUGUAAAAAGAAACUGUCUUCUGAGUAUCAGUUACAAGUACAUUUUCGAGUUCACAGUGGAAAUAACCCUUACACCUGCCCAAUCUGUAAGAGAGCACUGGCCUCCAAGACUUCUUUAAUUGUACAUACGAAACAACACACAAGAGAAAAACCUCACAUUUGCUCAAAGUGUAACAAAUCAUUCGCCACUAAGACUUCUUUAAUGGUACAUGCAAAACAACACACAGAAGGAAAAACAUUCAGUUGUUUAAUUUGUAAGAAAGAUUUUGCACAAGCGUGUAUCCUAAAACUACACAUGAAAUCACAUUCUGAUAAAUAAACCUUUGAGCAGUGUAAUGUGUAAGAAAUCGUGAUGCAGCAAGGUUAAAGUAGCUGUACAUUACGUAAUUCACAGAGAGCAAGUUUACAGCUGCAUCUGAUCUGAAUUCAUUUCCCAAAAAGUAUAAUCGAAAUGUUAAUGUUGCAUGUUCAGGCUCGAAUACUUUUGUUGACAGGGGUUAUGGUUAAUAUCUCUGUAUCUAUUAGGAACGGUCCAAGAUUUAUUUACAUUUUUUUUUGAGCUGAUUAAAAUAUAGUAUAUUUUUCUUACUGUUGUGGCCAAUAGCCGAUACUUACAAAUUCUGAUAUUAAGCUUUUAAAAUUUCUUGUAAAUUUAUGCUGAGUUACCAAUAUACUCCCUUAAAACUGGCUCAGAUUAGCUUGUAUUUUUCCUCCCUGUAGAAAAAAGAUGUGUCCCCCCCCCCCCCGUCAAAUAACUUUUUUCUUGAUGUUUUGGGUAUUUAGUUGGAUGUGAGAAGACCAGUUGAGCUUGUACAUGGUUUUCCAUCUAAUAAUAUGCAGCUUAAAUAAAAGCCUUACCUCAAUUGUAUGUAUUCUAUUCAAAACAAAGACACUGCUCCUGUAAAAUCUAUUUAUUGUAUCUGAGCACAGACGUCUCCACACAAUCCUCUUCAAUUUUAAUGUCACAGUGAACAAAGAUACUCCACACAAUUUCAGUUACAGUGAAAGAAAUAGUUUAACCCUUAAAAAUAAUAAUAUACAUAUUGAUAUAGCAGGCAAUCGUGGCACAGUGGCAGAGUUGUUAGUUCUUCAGCUUCACAACAAGAAGGUCCUGGGUGUGAUCCCUGGGCCAGGUGGGGACUUUCUGUGUGGAGUUUGCAUGUUAUCCCUGUGUUUCUCUUACCAGUAAAUCAUGUACAGUACGGCCGUGUCUGGAGUCAGGACUCAGAGCUAAAUAAAGAGCAAAUUAUAACAAAUGGCUAAGGGUAGCACACAGCUUUGGGGUGUAAAGAUUUUUUUUUUAAAUAAAACUUUAUCUGUUUGUU